GCGUGUCCAUGGCGAUCUAACAUGGCCGAAGAGACGGCGGCUGGAGAGCAUUUGGAGUUUCUCAGGGACAGGCACGUCGGCUUCUUCGAGCGAUGCCUGAAGAUCUUACCCGAGAGGUACUGCUCGCUGGAGACCAGCAGAUUGACCAUUGCUUUCUUUGCAUUGUCUGGUCUGGAUAUGCUGAGUGCCUUGCAUCUGGUGGAUAAAGCCAGCAUUAUUGAAUGGAUUUAUUCCCUGCAGGUCCUUCCUACUGAAGACAAAUCUAAUCUGCAGCGCUGUGGUUUCAGGGGUUCAUCACAUCUGGGAAUCCCAUAUAGUCAAUCAAAGAGUCAUGGUACGCAUCAUUUGUAUGACAGUGGUCAUAUAGCAAUGACUUAUACUGGCCUAGCUAGCCUGGUGAUUCUUGGAGAUGAUCUGAAACGGGUAAAUAAAGAAGCAUGUUUAGCAGGACUUGGAGCCCUACAACUUGAAGAUGGCAGCUUUUACGCCGUGCCAGAAGGAAGUGAAAAUGACAUGAGGUUUGUCUACUGUGCCUCUUGUAUCUGCUACAUGCUUAAUGAUUGGUCAGGAAUGAACACACAGAAAGCCAUAGAAUACAUCAGGAAGAGCAUGUCAUAUGACAAUGGACUUGCCCAAGGAGCAGGACUGGAAUCACAUGGUGGAUCUACUUUUUGUGCCAUUGCUUCGCUUUGUCUGAUGGGGAAAUUGAAUGAAGUAUUUUCUGAGAAAGAACUAAAUAGAAUAAGACGGUGGUGUAUAAUGAGACAACAGAAUGGUUUUCAUGGGCGACCUAACAAACCUGUAGACACCUGCUACUCUUUCUGGGUUGGUGCAACUCUAAAGCUUUUGCAGAUAUUUCAGUAUACUAACUUUGAGAAAAAUAGAAAUUACAUUUUGUCGACCCAGGAUCGCAUUGUUGGAGGAUUUGCAAAAUGGCCGGAUAGUCAUCCAGAUGCUUUGCAUGCAUACUUUGGAGUGUGUGGUCUUUCUUUAAUUGGAGAGGCUGGUGUUUGCAAAGUACAUCCUGCUUUGAAUAUGAGCAUAAGGGCUUUUAAGCACCUUCAGCACCUGCACCAGACAGCAGAGACUCAGGAGCUGGAGCAGCAUUCAGAAUCUGUGCCUGACUACACAUGACAAACAUGGUAGCAAAAAAAUUGAAACUGGAUUGAAUCUUUUUGCCCAAGGAAAAAGCCAUCAUCUUAUGAAAAAAUCUUGUUUGAAUGCUGAGAUUCCAUAUUAAAAAGACAGCUGUACAGAAUGUUCCUUUUAAACAAUUAUCAUUGGUCGCUAAAUAGACCAAUUGCUAUUUGCUCUGAAUUCUGAUAAUGCAUUGAGUAUGUUUUGAGUGAGUGGAGGUUUGUCUAUAUUCUGUAAGAAAUCAUUUAUACUAAUUUUCUAAAGAAUUUUGAGCAUUUAAUAAAUAAUAAGUAAUAAUACAUCUGCUCCCUGAUUUUUGUGUUCACAUUAAAUACUUGUUUUGUUCCAAAUUUCUAUGCUUAAUACAGUGAAACCCUGAUUUUACGCGCCCCAAUUUAACGCGUAUUGGUAUAUUACGUGAUGAGUCAUUGGACUCCAUGUCCAUAUCAAUCCAUACUCCCCCUUCUCCAGCCUUGUAUCCCUUUUGCCAAUCAACUUCCCAGCUCUUGGCUUCAUCCCUCCCCCUCCUGUCUUCUCCUAUCAUUUUGGGUCUCCCCCUCCCCCUCCCACUUUCAAAUCUCUUACUAUCUCUUUUUUCCGUUAGUCCUGAUGAAGGGUCUUGACCAGAUGCUGCCUGGCCCACUGUGUUCCAAGCAAGGAACACUGAAUCACUUUUUAAAAAAAUAAACAGUAAAUGAUAAUUGCUAAUAUUCUUG